AUGAUUCGAAGUAGUAGUCAGGGCAUUCAUGUAUUCCUAAAAACCACUGCUACCUUCAGGAGCACACGAAAUUCUCUCAGGUAUCACUCCGAGUCUAGCUAUAAUGGAAAUACAAAAGUAUUGAAUAUUAAAGCCCCAUCACAAACUUAUUUCGAAGAUGACCAACUGAAGGAUCCAGUAGAUGGAGAUGAUCUGAUUUUACCAUUUCAGAAGAGGAGAUAUGGUGAGAAUUUCGGUCAAGUAGUCAGAAGUGAUGAGUUGAGAAGGAAUAAUGAAUUAAUAGAUGAUGGCGAAAAGUAUGUUAAAUACUCAACUGACGAUGAAACCUUCGAUGGCUCUCCCUUUCGUACUUCGGAUGGCUCAUAUAUUAAAGGAAACAAUUCAGAAGAGGCACGGCUACAUGAUUUGACAUUGAGAGGUCGAGUUGACCGAAAUGUAACCAAACUACCACCUGCAAUUGCGACAACCAUAAAUAAUAAUAUUUUAAGGCUAGCUGUCCCUGACCGACUUAGGGAAAGAGCCGCAUCCGUAUAUCAAAACUUAUCUCAGGAUCAAAUUCAAAGAGAUCCUGAAACUGCGCUAGAUUGUGAUGCCCAUAUAGGUGCAUUGUUUUUACAGGAUUAUUCUCAUUGUCAUCAUGUGUUGUUGGAGUUGCAAAAGAGAGUGGGUGAGGAUAAAUUCAAUCCCAAGAGAAUCUUGGACAUAGGCUAUGGACCAGCAACAGGGAUGGUGGCUCUUAAUGAGAUUUUAGGUGAUUCAUUUCUUCCCGAUACAAAAGACGCCUAUAUUGUAGGUAGAAAUAAUACUGAAAUGAAAAAAAGAGCCAAAAUAAUUUUAUCACGGCAGCUAAAUGAAAAUAUGGUUGAAGGGAUGGAAUCUGAAAUUAACAGAGGAUCAAAUGUUGAAGAUGAAGCACAAGAGGAAAAUGUAACUGAGACUGAAGAGAAUGUGAAACAUUUGGAGGACGAAUAUGUGGGUCCUGUCCGCACGUCUGAUAUUAAGAUUCAAACGAAGCUAAGGGAUACCCUUCCGGUCACGAAGAAAUAUGACUUGAUUAUUGUCAACAACUCCUUAUUGACAAGAGAAUAUAGCUUUCCAAGAGAUGUCGAUGAGAAUAUUCAUCUGAUACUUAAGUUGUUGAGUCCAGGAGGGCAUUUGGUUCUUGUAGAGAGAGGUAACACUUUGGGAUUCGAAACCAUUGCCAGGGCAAGACAACUUAUGAUCAGACCGGAAUCGUACGACUCCGAAGUAGGAAAAAUCCCCCGUCCGUAUAUCAAAGGAUCUACAUUCAAACCCCAAAAAAGACGAACCGAAAUAGCUUCUGAAGCGAAAAAUAACCUGGAGGAUCUUGAACAGGAUAUCAUUAAUAGGUAUGGAAUUGUAAACGAGGAUGACUUGAAAUUCGAAUUUGAAGAUGAUAAAGAUUUUGAGCUUUCGACGCCAUCUUCUUCGAAGCAGAAUGAUGGCAUAGAUUAUCAUCUUAAAGUUUUGGCACCUUGUCCACACCAUAACAGAUGCCCUUUACAACUUGGUGAUCCAAAAUAUUAUAAAAUAUCUUCUCAUAAACAUAGAUUAAACUUUUGCUCUUUUAGCAAAACCGCUGAAAGGCCUAGAUACACUUUGGAGUUGAAAAAGGGAAGGAGACUAGCGACUAACUGGGAUAAGUCAUCAGAAGAUGGGUUUGGAUUAGAGAAGUUAUCCAAAAAACAGCUUAAGAAGUUAGAAGGAACAGGACGGCCCGGAGGUAAAAAUACUGAGAAAGGUUCUUUUUCAUAUUUAAUUAUGGAAAGGGCCCUAAAUGACUCUACAACUGUUAAAAGAAUAGAAGAACAAAGAGAAUUCAAUAAAACAGACAUCAAACAAGAAAGCGAUCCACUUAGUUGGCCACGAGUAGUUGGAAAUCUCUCUAAAAUUAAAAAUAACGUGAAGUUAAAUGUCUGUUCUCCAAGUGGGAAUAUUGAAACUUGGCAGAUACCGAAGAGCUUAGGAAAACAGGUGUAUCAUGAUGCCAAAAAGGUUUCACACGGAGACUUGUGGGCUCUUGGGAAGAAAAGCGUGAUUGUUAAGAAUCGUGUUUCUGAUGAUGUAAUUCGGAAACUCGAUUCUUUGUCUAAAACUCAAAAGAAAUCAUAUUUGAAGGAGAAGAGAAAGAAGCAGACUAAAAAGUUGGUCAGCUCUUCGGAGGAAGCAUUUGAGGAUGAUGAUAUCUUGAGCUUAGUUGAUACCUUGGCAACUAAUAUGGAGUCAUCCAAAAAGUAUAAAGCUAAGGGUAAAAGAGCAGGAUUUGACGUCGAUCCCAAGAAAUUCGAUGGUAAAUAG